UAUCGACCAUUAGUCAUUAAGAAUAAUAAAUAAUUUAGUAAACAUCAACUUAAUUCAAUAUAUGCUGUUCUAUUAAUAAUUAGAAGUCUUGAAACAAAUAAACAAACUUAAAUUAUAAAACUUCAAGGAUGGCGACAGGGGUUUUGCCAUUUAUUCGCGGAAUAGAUUUUUCCAAAAAUGAUUUCGGUGAUGACAAAUUCCCCACAACCAUUAAGGAAAUGAAUCGAGUUCAAUGGCUAACUUUAGAUAACACCAAGUUGUGCGAGAUACCUGAGGAAUUAGGGAAUCUGUUUAAGCUUGAAUGCCUCUCUCUGAAAAACAAUUCACUCGAAAAGUUAUUUGGCGAACUAACAGAGCUUCCUUGUCUGCGUUCAUUAAAUUUGCGACACAAUCAAAUAAAAAGUAGCGGUGUUCCUCCUGAACUCUUCCGAUUGGAAGAACUGACCACUUUAGACCUAUCACAUAAUAAAUUGAAGGAAGUACCUGAAGGACUGGAACGGGCUAAAAGCCUUCUUGUUUUGAAUUUGAGCCACAAUCAAAUUGAGUCCAUUCCUACGGCUCUCUUCAUACAUUUAACAGACUUACUUUUCUUGGAUCUUUCGGAUAAUCGUUUGGAAACAUUGCCACCCCAAACUCGUCGUCUAGCAAAUUUACAUACCUUAAAUUUAGCCAAUAACCCAUUGGAAUUAUUUCAACUCCGUCAGUUGCCAUCACUACAAAGUCUAGAGAGUCUUAACAUGCGCAAUACACAACGGACACUACUAAACUUUCCGACUACAUUAGACAGCCUAUCAAAUUUAUCUGAAUUAGAUAUCUCAAAAAACAUGUUACCAAAAAUACCGGAUUGUGUAUAUAAUUUGCCCAAUCUGAAGCGAGUUAAUCUAAGUGACAAUGCAAUUACUGAACUCAGUUCUAAUAUUGAAUUUUGGCAAAAACUUGAAGUACUUAAUUUAUCUCGAAAUCAGUUAACAACCUUGCCUGGAGCCAUAUGUAAAUUAACAUACCUACGAUGCCUUUACGUAAAUGAUAAUCGGUUAGAUUUUGACGGAAUACCCUCAGGCAUAGGAAAAUUGUGCUCUUUGGAGAUAUUUUCUGCUUCCAAUAAUCUUUUGGAAAUGAUACCGGAGGGAUUAUGUCGUUGCGGAGCAUUAAAGAAACUGAAUUUGAGCUCCAACAAACUCAUAACAUUGCCGGAAGCUAUUCAUUUGCUUGAGGGGCUAGAUCAGCUCGAUUUGCGCAACAAUCCCGACUUAAUAAUGCCACCAAAACCAUCAGAGGCAGUUAAAGGAGCAGGAGUUGAAUUUUAUAAUAUAGAUUUUUCUCUUCAAACCCAGUUAUUACUAGCUGGGGCUGCACCACCGCCCACUGUACCAGCCACAUCAAGUACUAAAGAUUCUACGGCACGUAAAAUACGUUUACGACGGGGUCCACGUACCGAUUCAGACCAAGAUUCCGCAAAAAUAUUGAAAGGAAUGAAAGACAUAGCCAAAGAUAAAGAUGAAUCUCAAGGCUCUUUUGACGACUUUCAACCAGAGUCGCUAAAACCAAAACGAUGGGAUGAAUCAUUAGAAAAACCGCAUUUAGAUUAUUCUAAGUUUUUUGAAAAAGAGGAUGGUCAAAUACCUGGACUAACCAUUUGGGAAAUAGAAAACUUUUUGCCCAAUAAAAUCGAAGAAGUGGCUCAUGGAAAGUUUUAUGAAGGAGAUUGUUAUAUUAUACUUAAAACUUAUUUAGAUGAAAUGGGUCAAUUAGGAUGGGAAAUAUAUUUUUGGAUCGGCAACGAAGCUACCCUAGAUAAACGGGCAUGCGCUGCAAUUCAUGCAGUUAAUUUACGGAAUUACCUUGGUGCCCGCUGUCGCACAAUACGUGAGGAGCAAAACGAUGAAUCCGAAGAAUUUCUGGCUUUGUUCGAUACGGAAGUAUCAUAUAUUGAAGGUGGUCGUACGGCGACCGGGUUCUACACAGUCGAAGAUAUGUUAUAUACUAUGCGUUUAUAUAGAGUGCAUGCGGCUGGCUCAUCGGUCCAUUUAGAACCUGUAGCUGUGCACUUCGAUUCUCUCGAUCCCCGAUACGCUUUUAUGUUGGAUUGUGGAAUUAAAUUGUAUAUAUGGCUCGGAUGUGCUUCAAAAAACACCUUGAAUUCGAAGACUCGUCUAAUGGCAGAGAAGAUUAAUAAAACUGAAAGGAAAAAUAAAUGUGAAAUAAUAGUGGAAUUACAGGGGGAGGAAAGUGAAGAUUUUUGGAAAAAUUUUGGCGUUGAUCCCGAUGAAGUAUCAAAAAAGAAAAUUCUUCAACAUGUUCCGGAUAAUUUUGAACCUGUUACUCCGCGUCUUUAUCAAGUGCAACUUGGUAUGGGUUAUUUGGAGUUACCACAAGUAGAAUUGGGAGAUAAGAAAUUAGUCCACACUUUAUUGAAUAGCAAAAACGUUUAUAUAUUGGAUUGCUAUACCGAUUUAUUCGUGUGGUUUGGUAAAAAAUCAACCCGUCUCGUAAGAGCUGCAGCAAUAAAGUUAUCACGAGAACUUUUCCAAAUGAUAAAUCGCCCAACAUUUGCUUUGGUGACUCGCUUGCAGGAAGAGACUGAAUCGCAAAUAUUUAAAUCAAAAUUUGUAGGUUGGGACGAAGUGAUGGCCGUAGAUUUCACACGCACAGCAAACUCGGUUGCCAAAACUGGAGCGGACUUAAACAAAUGGGCUCGUAAGCAAGAAACUCGAGCUGAUUUAGCUGCUCUCUUUAUGCCACGCCAAAACGCAAUGCCUCUUAGUGAAGCUGAACAAUUAGAGGAGGACUGGAAUUAUGAUCUUGAAGCCAUGGAAGCAUUCGUUUUAGAAGGAAAAAAAUUUGUACGUCUACCAGAAGAAGAAUUAGGCAAUUUCUAUACGGGAGAGUGUUAUGUGUUCUUAUGUCGCUAUUGUAUACCGGUUGAAGAUGAAGACGUCGAUGUUGAUGAAAUUAAGCAAUCUGAUGAUGAAAUUCAAUGUGUAGUAUACUUUUGGCAAGGGCGUAACGCUGGCAAUAUGGGCUGGCUGACAUUUACCUUUACUUUGCAAAAAAAAUUCAAAGCAAUGUUUGGAGAAGAAUUAGAAGUCGUACGAAUCCAUCAACAACAAGAGAACUUAAAAUUCAUGGCCCACUUUAAACGUAAAUUUAUAAUUCACACUGGCAAACGAAAGGAUAAAUCGAAGGAUGUUAAGCCAGUUGUGGAAUUCUUUCAUUUGCGGUCGAAUGGUGGAGCAUUGUGCACACGUCUAAUUCAAGUUCAACCAGAUGCUGUCAAUUUAAAUUCGGCUUUUUGUUAUAUCCUAUAUGUACCAUUUGAAACGGGAGAUGAAUCGCAAUCAGGAAUAGUAUAUGUAUGGCUGGGUUCAAAGUCUACCCCAGAGGAGGCUAAGCUUAUCCAGGAAAUAGCUGAAAAAAUGUUCAAUAAUCCUUGGGUUAGCUUACAGAUUUUAAAUGAAGGCGAGGAGCCCGAAAACUUUUUCUGGGUGGCUUUGGGUGGUCGCAAAGCCUAUGAGACUAAUGCAGACUUCAUGAAUUAUACGCGACUUUUCCGAUGUUCUAAUGAAAAGGGCUAUUUUACGGUAGCAGAAAAAUGUACCGACUUCUGUCAAGACGACUUGGCAGAUGACGAUAUUAUGAUUUUAGAUAACGGUGAACAAGUUUUCUUAUGGCUUGGCUCCAGGUGCAGUGAAGUAGAAAUAAAACUGGCGUACAAGUCAGCGCAGGUUUACAUACAGCAUUUACGCAUAAAACAACCAGAACAACCACGAAAGCUAUUUCUCACUUUGAAAAAUAAGGAGUCCAAACGGUUUACGAAAUGUUUUCAUGGCUGGAGUACUCAUAAAUCUCCACCAGAGUAAUUAAUUUGAAUGAAUUUUGUAAUUGAUGCUCAAAAAAUAAAUAUUUUUAACAUAUGUAGCAUAGGCGGUAAGUUCACAACUACGAAUUAGGUUGAACUUACUCGGCAAAUUAGUAUAUGAACUAUAUGAUUUGGAUGCGUUUGUUAAUAUUAAUCAAUCGAUAUGUAGGCAAUUAAAAUUUAUUUUAAUACCCAUCAUAAUGACAAUUGGCUUAAAGCUUAAAUUUGAAAGUAUUUAACGUUUUACUUUAACAAUUAGAUUGAACUCUCCCGUAUUAACUAUUAAUUUUUUACAUUUUUGUAAUACUUAAAAUAUGCAAUAAAAUGUAAACC